AAAAUGAUUACCCAGAAUGCAACAGCAUUAAGGAAACACCAGGCGGGUAAUAGGAAAAGUGACACCAUGCGAGGAUUAAUCAUACACUAUUUAGCGUCUUUAAUAAUCUAAAACACAUGAGAAAGUGGUGUGAGCACUGCAACGGAAGGGUUCCGCAUUGAACGUUAGCAUUUUUUGAAAAAUCCGACAUUUUUGCGUGGUCUUUUAAAGGCAAGACUGCAGAUUUGGCCCUCACGCGGGCAUCCUUCAAAGCUAACUAGCGUGUUAGCUGUGAUGCCGAGCGUCCGCAUGAGAGUCCAAAUCACCAGUUUGUGUUAAUGCUUGCCUCCUAAGACAACAUGUCUGGAUUUAGCUUUGGAACGGGGACUCUGGGAGCUGCCAACACUGGUGGGGGAUUCUCAUUUGGAGGCCCAACCAGUACACCUGCAGCCAAUGCCGGUGGCUUCUCUAUGGGCACAGCCCUUGGUACAGCAGCCGCAACCCUUGCUCCCACCACAGGCACCACCCCAUCUCUUGGUCUUGGAGGCAGCCUCUUUGCUCAGAAACCUACUGGAGGAUUCUCUUUCAAUAGUCCUGCAGCAGCUGCUCUACCCACUACAGGCCUUACAUUAGGUGCACCUGCUGCUACAGCUGCGGGCACUGGUUUUGGCAUGGCCUUCAACAAGCCCACCGCCUCAGCAACACCCUUCUCCCUCACGACCACCUCCACGUCCUCGGCAGCUCCGGCAGGGGCAGGUUUAUCGUUUGGCUCUGUCCUGACAUCCACAGCACCACAGCAGCCUGCAGCCUCAGGCUUCACCCUUGGUCUUGGGGGCGCAACAACCACCACAGCAGCAUCCUUAACAGGUCAAACACUUGGUGGAGGUCUCUUCGCCAACACUUUGUCUUCAGGUUUAGGUCAGACUCUUGGAGGUGGGUUAACGUUAGGUUCUCUGUUAGCUUCCUCCACUGCAUCAUCAGUGGCCCCUGCCCCCAGUAUUGGCCUAGGUGGAGUCGACUUCAGCACUUCCUCUGAGAACAAGAGUGACACAUCAUCUGGAGCCAAUGCAAAGGACAGUAAAGCUUUGAAAGAUGAGAACCUACCACCAGUUAUUUGUCAGGAUGUCGAGAAUUUCCAAAAAUUUGUUAAAGACCAGAAACAGGUUCAGGAAGAUAUCAGCAGGAUGUCAUCUAAGGCCAUUUCUAAAGUCCAAGAUGACAUCAAGAGCCUCAAACAGUCUCUCUCGGUCAGCGCCAGCGGCCUGCAGCGACAAGCUCUAGCCAUCGACAAGCUCAAGCUGGAGACAGCGCAGGAGUUGAAAAAUGCUGACAUAGCACUGCGUACACAGAAGACCCCCCCUGGACUUCAGCAUGAGAACAAUGCUCCAUCAGAUUAUUUCCGGAGCCUGGUAGAGCAGUUUGAGUUGCAGUUGCAGCAGUACCGACAGCAGAUAGAAGAAUUGGAGAACCACCUGACAACGCAGAGCAGUGGCUCCCACAUCACUCCUCAGGACUUGACCUUGGCUAUGCAGAAGUUGUACCAGACAUUCGUUGCACAGGCUGCCCAGCUCCAGUCUGUUCAUGAGAAUGUCAAGAUCUUGAAGCACCAAUACCUGUCCUACCGUCGGGCCUUUCUAGAAGACUCUACGGACGUGUUCGAGUCCAAACGGGCAUCAAACAGGAAGUGGCACAGCACGCCGCGAGUCACGACGGGGCCGGCCCCUUUCUCUAAUGUGCCCAACGCUGCAGCGGUUGCCAUGGCAGCCACCUUGACCCAGCAACAGCAGCCAACUCCAGGGACCCAGGCACCCUUGGGGGUAGGGUUCGGAAACCCCUUUGCCUCGGCAGUGGGCACUAGCUUGGGCUCUUCUACCCUUGGAGGUUUUGGUGGUGGGCCAGGAUUUGGUGGGGUGGGGACUGGGGGGUCUUCUUUUGCCUUCUCCACCAGUAAGCCCACAGGAGGCAGUCUGAGUGCAGGUUUCGGUAGCAGCAGCACCUCAGGAUUUAACUUCAGCAACCCUGGCCUAAACACCUCGGCUGGCCUGACCUUUGGCGUGUCUAACCCGGCUGCUGCAGGCUUCGGCCAAACACCCCUCCUCCAGCUCAAGAAACCACCUGCUGGUAACAAAAGGGGCAAGAGAUAAAACCAAGCAAAAACAAAAACCCUGACUGACUGUCUUGGUGUCUGCAGAGGGUAAGGCCUGGUGUCCCAGAAGCAUAUAUGAUUUAAUAAUCACUGUAUAACUACAGAACAUUUAAACUGACUAAGUGAUCCAGGCUUUGAUUGAAACAACCAUAAAUCAACACCACAGGAUCAAACUUUAAAAUCAUAUUGAGAAAACCAAAAUUGUAUGACCAACCAACAUCUUUCUAUCAAACAUUGGUGUCUAAAGUCCAAAUGUGUUGCCAUUCAAAUGUUCUUAUUUGGUUAGACAAUUCAGUUCCUUCUAUCACUUUGGUCUUUUGGAUACCCAGCAACUAAAUACAUUAACUUAAAAAUAGUCUUUGCAUAAUUUAAAAUAUGAGUUUGCAUUAACUCGAACAUGCUGCCUGCCCAUUACAAUCUGUAGCGCUACAAUGCUCUUGGGAAUCCCAGCCAUGGACAGAUCUGUUACAAUCUGUGAUCUUUUACAAAUGGUUCCGUUAUCUGCGAGGAGUUCCUUUGCUCUGAAUAGUAAUGUGCUUUUGUGCUUUGACGUGGACACUGCAGUUUCUUCAACAGUUUACCUAAACUCUGUCAAACGCAUGACUGCAUUUAAAGCCAAUCUAAAGAUAGCUUGGUUGAAUCCCGUCCAGGAAGGGUAAGAUGAUAUAGAAAGAAAAAAGGCUUAUGAGGAUAUAGAUCUGGAACAGUGUAGUUCCUGCCUGAAGGUGUUGAUGGGGAGUAUUGUCUGAUCCUGAAUAGUUUUAUAGGCACAGGAGAGUGUCCAGGGUGGGUUUUUGGGGAAGCACAGCUUUAUUUUUGUAUCAAAUGUAGAAAGGAGACACUGGGAAGGGUUACAAGGGGACUAGCACCUUAAGAUAGUCCAUUAUCUAGUCCACAUAACCUGUGUUGAUUUUCGAUAGAUUCCAUCCUUAUCGUUUUUUGAUCAUUUCCUUUUUAGACACAUUUAAUUUAGCCCAGCGUAGAAACUUGAGAGAGAGAACGCUGUGUUUGUAUACCAUGACUCCCAUUGCAUCUUAAGUUAGUUGAAUCUGAAAGGGAUUUCACAAGCAGAUUCUACUUGUUCAACUUGUGCUAGAUUAAAUGUGCACUGUGUAUUUGACCUGACUGUGUGAAUGUGCAUGUGUGCCUAUUGCACAAGUAUGAAUUUGUCUCUCUGGUCUGUUAUAGUUGCAGACUUACUUUCAGUGUUGGGAGUGGUUGGUGGGAUGUUUCGCUUUUUAAAAUUGUCCAUGUCUGUACAACUGGUAGUUGUUCUAUUAUUUUCUAAUCACAGUCUGUGUAAACCUGUAUUUUCAACAAGCUGUUUAAUAAUAAAAUCUUGAUGAUGUUUCAUGGCGUCACUUCAAUAAAUGUGUAUCCUGACACAGAA